AUGGUUUCUAAUUUGUUUCCGCUAAAUUUCUUAGUUUUAGGGCAUAACUUUAUUUGGCUAUUUAAAUUUAGUAUUUGUUAUUGGACAAUUAACGAAACUUUAAAUUAUUCAAAUUUACCCAAAAUCUUUACCCAAAAAUCUCGCCAAUAUUCGGAUAUUAAUUCUUUAAAAGAAAAUUUAAAUUUGCCAGUUCCAAAAUUAAUUGAAGAAGAAGAAACAUCAACAACAAAAAUCCCAACAAUUUCUCCAGAAGAAGAAGAAUUUCAAAAAAUAAUUGAAAAAGAAAUUGAAGAAUUAGAAAUAAAUAAUAAAUUAAAAGAAAAACAAAAACAGCCGGCAAUUGUUGCUUCUGCUGUUGUAACUAUAGAAGAAACAACAAUAAUUCCCGAAAAUAAUGAUAAUGAAGAUGGUUUGGGUGAUGGUGGGGAGGAUGUUGAGGAAUUUACUGAAGAUGAACAACAAAUUCCUUUUAUUGGAGGUGAUAUAAAUAAUUAUGUUACUUUACUCCCAACACAAAAUUUUCCUUCUCAAGAAAUUUCUUCCAAUUCUUUAUUGGAUGGAGGGGGAAAUGUUGCUGCUGGUGAUUGUUCUUCCCCUUCUUCUAAUUGUCAAUCAGAGUCAACAGAAGGUUGUGGUGGAGAAAAUGGUGGUUGUGUAAUUGAUAAUAAUAAUGUUAAUAUUUUACCUUCUCCAACAAAUAAAUUUAAUGAAAAAUUAAUUUGUGGAUCGUGUUCUUGUAGUAUUUGUCAAUGUUCUAGUUUCCCUGACCCGUGUAACGGUCCAAAUUGUGGAAUUUGCCCUUCUACUUGUAAUUGCCCGGAAGAAUGUGGAUGUACUAACACAAUAAUUAAUAAUAACCAAAAUUAUCAGCAACAAUAUAAUCAAUGGUUUAAAGAAUAUGGACAACAACAAUAUGGGCAAUAUAACCAAUAUUACCAGAAUGGGGGAGGAGGGGGGAGUGUUGGGGGAGCUUUUACAACAUUACAGUGUUUUAGUGGUGAUCAAUUAGUAAAUACUCCAAAAGGAGAAAAAAGAAUGGAUGAAUUGAAAAUUGGAGAUUUAGUUUUAUCUGUUGAUGAAUCUUUGGUAGCUUAUUCUCCAAUUUUAAUGUUUUUACAUCGUUUGCCAAAUGAAAAAGCAAAAUUCAAAAUAAUAACAACUUUAGAAGGGCAACAAUUAAAACUUACAGAAUUUCAUUUAGUUUGGGCUGGUUGUAGUAAUUUAAGAUUAAUUAGAGCAAAAGAUUUAAAUAAUGGGGAAUGUUUAUAUACUGUUAAAAAUAAAAGAAAUAUUACUUCUUUAAUUCAAUUAAAAGAAAUGAUGAGAUUAUCAAGUACUAAAAUUAUAAAAAUAAAUGAAAUUGAAGAGAAUGGAAUUUAUGCUCCUUUAACUUCAAAUGGAAAUAUUUUAGUUAAUGGUUUAUUAGCUAGUUGUCAUUCUAAUAUUGCUGCCCAAACACUUCAACAAACUUUUUUCCGUUGUUGGCAUUUCCUCCAUCAAUUAUUGUUUGAUGGAGGGAAUUAUAAAAGUAAUUUAGAAAAUGAAAUUGAAGAAUUUUUAGAAGAAAAAGAACUUCCAUUUGGAAUUAGAUUUCUUACUUCUAUUUUAGAUAUAUUAUUACCAAAAACAUUAAUACCUACAUAA